AUGUCGCUGCGGGUGGGGCGCAGGGUGCGAGCAGAGGCAGCGCUUAGCCGGGGCCGGCGGCUGAGGGGCCACCUCGGGUCGGGAAUCUGGCCAGACGGCUGCGGGAGGGACCCGGGCAGCACGGCGUCUCCGGGGCCGCGCUUUGAAAAUACGCUAUUUGCCUCUUUCAGGAGCAGAAUAAUGUUACAGCAGGAACGGAGAAAACAAAAGGAAUUCUUUGAAAAGAAGAAGAUUAAGUCAAAGAUGAAGCUUCUGGGAGUAUCAUCUCCUAAAAGUUCAGCAGCCAGUUUAGAUCUCCUCAGUCUGUAUGUUGUUGACCAGAUAAACACUGACAUUCCAAAUACUUUCAUUGCAGAGAAUAUGAGGAAACCAGUCUACAUUGGUAUCACUGAACGUGCAAAAGUGCCUGUUAGGAGGCACAACAUAGAGCUUCCUGCAUCACCACAACAUACACCGCAUAUGUCAAACUUGGAUGACAUCCAGAACAGAUUACAAAAGCAAGUAUUGGACAGCAGAAGGCAGCAUCUGGCAGAGAAAGUAAAAUAUCAGCACCAUUUAUCACAAGUAACAGAAUUAAAGUAUGAUAACUCUAGUAUGGAACAUGGAGACAACAUAGCAAGAAGUUUUAGUGCUUGUCCUUUGUCCUCUUCUGGGUUUUGGUCCUCUGACUGUACACAACUUUCAGAAGAAAAUUUCAACACAAACCUAAUGGGCAGCACUUCAGAACAGAUAUGUGAAGAGAAGCAGCAAAACCAGACAGGAAAUAGUUCUGAUCAGGACACUUGGAUUACAAAACCUCCAAGUCAAUGUAUUUUGAAAAAGUCUGAUACAGUGCCUCAGGACGUGUUUAAGCCAUUGCAUAGGCUAGUCUAUGUGAAUUCUGCCAGGAAAAAUCCAGUGAUAAUGACCAGUAACGAAUCAGAAACCAGUGAAGGAUUAAAAGAACCAGUAUUUGAUGUUGUGAAAGAAACUGCGAAAGCUCCCCAUGAUGGAAAUGAUUGUUCCUUUCUGGCACUGUUUGAAGAUGAGAGCCAACUAAUCCAUAAUAGUCCUUCCACAAAGCAUUUCAAUCCUUUUGUUAACGAAAGCAACACUGCCAUUUUUUUGGUUGAUCCUGAUGAUAGACAUCACAUGACCAACAGAAAUUAUCUAUGUCAUACUAGAGAGGCUUAUCCUGCAAUCAAUCCAAAAAACCACUUUGUAGACAGACACCUUGAAGGCAUUUUUACAGCUCCAGAACAAGUUUUGCUUAAAAGUAACAUCUCAAGUGCAAGUGACAAGAAAACUGUUGAUCUUCACCACCUGCAGGACUGUCAUGAGGGACAGCACUACGUCACAGCCUCUGAAAAGAAAGAAAAACCUGCAAACCUUGAAAAACUUGAGACAUUUGCUUAUCGCCAUGAUCAGCAGAUUAAUGUAAAGGAGAAUGGGCAGAUCUAUUCAAGAAACAAAAGUCACGAUGAGUCUGUGAAAGAAUCAAAAGAACCAGCUUGGAGACUGAACCAGCUCUUUUCAUUUGAAGAGUUCACAACAGCACAAGAGAAAAAGUCUGUGUUUGGAAUGACUUCAAAGCUUCACAAGAUGCAGAAGGGUGUGGAGUCAUCACACAGCAGCCACUACCCCAUCUACAAUUCAAGGCAAACAGAGAGCUGUUUCAGCUGUAGUCCUGAGAGAUCUGAAGUGGAAGACACAGCCACGAAGAAAGAAUAUUUGAAUGAUCAGUCCUUGAAGACAGAUGCCAGCCUAGUCUCAGCCUCAGCAAACACAGAACCCCCCAGGACCUCUCACACCAGAACUGUGCCUCUCCAACCCAGCAAUAUUUUGACUACAGAGGAAGCAAGCCAUCUCCAGGAGAAAGUCUCUAUUUCAUGUGCCACAAAGGAGGAAAAUAAAACCCACACUGCCCCAUCUGAGGGCAUCUCAUUACACCAAGCCCUUAAAAGAGUGCAUGUCACUCACAGUACCUGGCGUGAUGUUUGGUCGCAGACUGAGAGCUCUGUUACAGAAGUGAGGAAAGUGGAUGUCGCCACCCAGUGUGGUACCAUGCAGGUGUGCAGCUGUGGGAGAUCCCUCCCCUCUGCCUGCAGUCCAGGGCGGGCCCCUCCUCCCAGCAUUGCAGGUACCACCAGAGGGCACGAAAUGCGAGCCCAUGAGGAUCAGCAGCCUGUGGGCAUGGGCAGCGCGCCAGGAAUAGAAGUGUUUGCUUCUGAAGCUGAGUAUCUGAGCUUGGCCGGCAGAAGGACUCUAGAGGUGCUGAAUUACAUUGAUACUAUGAAGGAGAGAGACAAGCAGUGA